CGAAUGCCCGCCGAAACAAACAGACGCCGCAACCUGCUUUGGGCCCUCGGGAUAUUCUGUCUUAUCCUGGUCUCGUUCCGCGUCUACGCAGCAAAAGAAAUGGACUCGCUGCCCGCCCCCUUCACCAUCGAAAUCGAUGGCACCCCCAUCGCAAAGGCCCCCGCGGAUGCUGCGGACCGCACUCAGGCACACAUUGGGACCGAGCCUGCUGCAGUUUUUGAGCUGAAGGACAAGCGCCUCCAGUCCGACGGCCAUAUCCUCGCCCGAGCUUUGUCCGAAGACCGUAGCUUUAGCCCAAAGAAGGUCAUGUGGUUCAAGGCCGACACCACUGUGCCUGUCUACGAUGUUGUUGCUGCUCAAGAUGGCGAGGAUUAUUCACUCCAGUUUUCCGGUGCCGGCCUAAUGGCAUCGGAUGGCCAGGUUUUUGCAGACAUCAUGGGCACCAACCCUUCGCGUGUUGUGGUAAAGAUGCAAUCUUGAAUCCAGCUAGUCAUGAUGCCUGUCGAUCUGCUCAAUGUAUCACAUGACAUGGCUGUGACUACUGCAGGUACAUAAUUGUGCUUAUGUAGAUCUCCCCAAUACUCGCUGUAUGAAUGACGUAUCUUCGCUAAAAGCAUCCUUGAGCCAAAAUGCCCAAUACAUGUGCUUUUCCCAUGCUCAUAGUGCGCCUACGUGGACAUGUAUUUUCUCUUUUAGAAUACAUCAGCCACCACAGCAAUGUGCCC